CUGCUAGCAUCAGCCAGUUAUGAUAACACAAUAAAAAUAUUUGUAGAAGAUAAUGAUGAUUGGAGUUGUAUAUCAACGCUUGAGGGGCAUGAGUCUACUGUCUGGAGCAUUUCAUUUGAUGCAUCUGGUGAAAGGUUAGCCUCAUGUAGCGAUGACAGAACAGUCAAGAUCUGGAGGCAAUAUGAACCAAACAAUCAACAAGGAAUUCUGACUGAUGGAAAUUACCCAGCUUGGAAAUGUGUAUGUACUUUAUCCGGUUACCAUUCCAGACCAAUCUACUCUAUUCAUUGGUGCAAUUUAACAGGUCUUUUAGCAACAGCAUCAGGCGAUGAUUGUAUCAGAGUCUUCAAGGAGGACACUAGCAUACAAGACACUAUCAACGUGCCCGCAUUCCAAUUAGUCGCAUCACAAAGCAAAAGUCAUCAAGAGGAUGUAAAUGGCGUAGCUUGGAAUCCAAAAGAUGCUGGACUCUUGGCCACCUGUAGUGAUGAUUAUGAAAUUAAACUGUGGAGGUACUCUGAUGG